CUCAACAUUAAGGAGUUUCAUGUUGUUCCUGUUUCUCUUUGUAAUAGUUGUGUUGGGGUUGAGAAGUCCUUUUGCAGAAGCUCAGAAAGUACCUGCAAUUUAUGUAUUGGGAGACUCAUUAGUGGAUGUUGGUAACAACAAUCACCUCAAGCUCUCUCUUGCUAAAGCUGAUUUUCCUCACAACGGCAUCGACUUUCUUGGCCAAAAAUCUACCGGAAGAUUCUGCAAUGGCAAAAACUCUGCUGACUUUUUUGCUGAGAAAGUGGGGUUACCGAUUUCACCACCAUAUCUAUCCCUUGUAUCUAACAAGAGUGGUAGUAAUGCAUUCCCAAUCACGGGCGUUAGCUUUGCCUCUGGUGGUGCUGGAAUCUUUAAUAGCACAGAUCAACGCUAUAGACAGUCAAUUCCUUUAACCAAACAAGUUGAGUACGACUCCACGGUGUACGAAGAUUUGGUGCAACAGCUCGGAUCAGCUACUGCACUAGACCACCUGUCCAAGUCCCUCUUCGCGGUUGUGAUUGGAAGCAACGACAUACUUGGUUACUUCAAAUCCGGGUCGGAUCUUCCCAAGAAAAUCACCCAACAGCAGUAUGUGGAUCUAAUGGUUAUGACCCUCAAAGAUGUCUUGAAGAGGAUGCAUAAUUUUGGUUCACGAAAGUUCGUGGUGGCUGGGAUAGGAGCAGUGGGGUGUUGUCUCUCACAGAGGAAUCAGAACAAAACUAGUGAAGAAUGCAAUGAAGAAGCUAAUUACUGGUCAGUUAAGUACAAUGAAAGCCUUAAGUCAAUGUUGCAAGGACUCAAAUCGGAGCUCAAUGACAUGGACUACUCCUAUGUUGACACCUACACCAUCUUUUCUAGCUUCAUUCAGUCACCCUCCACCUAUGGUCCAUUUCUUUUCUUCUAAUUAGUUAUCAAAAUG